AUGAGAGAGAGCCUUCCACGUACGCGCAUGAGUAUGUCAGUCCUGAACCAAGAAAACCCAAACGGGCGUGAAUUACGGCUCUGGCUGCUAUCAGCCUCAACGCACCACGGCGUGACGUAUUACCGUAUUGCCGGGCGCUUUACCUCAAGUGGUCAAACGUGGGAGGUGAGCCAUCGAUACUCGGAGUUUCUUAAGCUACGCGACCAGUUGGUCAAAUUUCUGUCGUCGUCAACGGAAAAGUGUCCAGGUUGCCACAAUUAUUUACACUCCAUCCAGCGCUUUUCAUUUCCCAAGAAGCAUCUUUUUGCAUCCAGAGCUCCCCCCGUCGUUAAUUAUCGUGUCAAAGCUUUGCGCUCAUUCAUAAAUUUGCUAGCUUCAUGGGCCUUUUCAAAGACGCCCAAGUGUCCCACUUGUGGAGGGUACGCCUUUGAAGUCGUGCGCAACUUUGUAUUGGAAGGUGACGACCUGUCUGCUGAUACAAACAUGAAUUCAAUCCGACAGUCUAUGGCGGUCGAAGUCUUUGCGGAGCAGAAUGUUUCCAGUUCAAGGGGUCAGAAGAAUAGCUGGGCACAAAGCCCGAUGAACCCCGAUAUAACACAAAGUAUGUAUGCCCAGCCGCGAGAUCUAGACUUGACUUCGAGUGGGGCAUCCCCUCUAUAUUCCCGAGAAAAGCGGCCGACGACAGAUCGACAGUCGCUAUUAAGGUCGGCGUCCCAGCAGUCAAGGACAACGCAUCAACACCAAGCAUUGAUCGAGCAACGCCGUCAGCAAGAGUUGGAUCCGUAUGACGCUUUUAACGACUAUUUGCCACAGAAGCAGUCAAAAGUAAGGAGGCCUUCGCAACAAAACAUGGAGCAGAAAAUUCAAAAUGGAAAAUUUUCGUCUAGGCCGUUGCAAGAGUCGAUUGAAGACAAGAAACAGCGUCGAGUUCGCGAACAAGAUGAGGUCAAUGCGCUUCAACAAAAACUCGUGAAGCACCGCAGCGAACCGCAACUAUCAGCUCAAAGCGAGCUGUCUGAAGUCACGAGUGCUUUUCAAAGACAGCUCUCGAGUGAAGAUGCGGUGAGUAGCGACAUGGUGAGCACUGAGGGGUUUCUGGCGAAUGAAGGCGUGAUAAUCACUGAGAGCAUUGAUGAGAAGUCUACCAGUAGCGUGUGCUCGGAUGAUGACGAGCUUGAGCUUACUGGCGUGGUCAUGGCGUCGCCCUUGGCAAGAAAGAAGGGUACCACGGACGAUAUGUUGGAGCUAGCUAGAGUUGCUUAA